AUGUCGCAGCAUCUGCUGUCUGCCAUCAAAUCGGCUCGUAGACACCCUGGCCGGGGAGUCGAGUCUGUGCGCCGCCUCCCUGCACGAGGGCGUGUCCUGGGUGGCUCCGCUCAGCGCUCAGCGGAGACGCAGAUGCAGACGGAGCUGCGAGUCGAGUUAAGUACACAGUCGGAUAUACCCCAAGCCGCGGGCUGCUCACUUCACCCGUCAACGUCGCCACCAGCCCAGAUACACACGUCUUGUUGUUGGGCAAUCCCGUCCAACACAAUUAAACUUUGGCCACGACGGAAGCUGCGGGCCAGGGUCCAGCGAAUCUGGCACACAUGGACGCGUCUACUGACUGCCCGACCCUGUGCCGCCUAUUAUAUCAAAGCCACCAGGGUCAUAUCCGCCGCUGCACUUACUUACUUACAUGCCUACAUACAUACAUACAUACGAGGUGUGCGAGGAUCCAUGUCCGUCUGUCCGUCUGUCCGUCAGUCUGGAGAGACAUACAUACAUAGACUACACACAUACAUAUACAUAUACACCACCGCGGGCGUUGCUCAUGUGACGCGCCGUGUGACGCCCAGCCAACGGGCGUGCCGCUCACGACAACAACAAAAAAAGUGUUCUGGUCGUGCAGCGAUAUGGCGUCAGGGCUCGUCGCAUGGUGGCCCGAGUGACCAGCAACCUCAUGCGCCAGAUGCUCGGCAAGGCCGCACCGCCCCAAGGGCCGGCUGUCGUGCUGGUCACAACGCCCGCCAGGGUCAUGGGCCGUGGAGAGCGAGAGGGCAGAGCGCAAGAGAGGGCGAGCGAGCGAGACAUGUCGAGGGCGAGGGCGAGGGUGAGGCAGCAGAGGCGGUCGUCGUCUGUCAGAUUCGACGCAGGGAUGCCACAGAGGCACAUUGA